CAGCAGUGAUCUCACAUGCCUCGGUGUUGGUGGUACGGCUGUACCUCUGCCCUCUGCCUAUCGUCCUGACCUUCUCUCGGUAUCUCGCUUCCCUGUCCUGCACAAGAACAAGAGCAAGCCGUCGCACAGGCACACCGGUCACGUGAGCAAUAUCCCGGGCGCAGACAAGCAAACGUCCGUUCACCUCGUGUGAGCGGGGGGACAAGAAAUUGGCCCAUACCAGAAAACAACCUGAGAACGCGGGCCCGCCAAUUUUCGAGAUGCCCUCGGCCAGGGCAGAUGACAAGGCCGCGGCAACGAGGUUCGGCUUAUGCGCCGCGGGGCGGAACUCGCUCGUGUUCCUCGCCUUGUCGGUCUUCGCGGGGCGAGGGUGUCUGUCUUUCGUCCCGUUUCCGUGCCCGCCUACAUCAGCCAGCAGCAGCAGCAGCGCUGGUGCCCGAAGCGGGGCGUUCGGCCGACAAAGUCGGGUCCGGGGGGUGAGAGGGGACCACAUGGGGCCUGCUGACGACGGUAGGCGUGAAAGGACACCAUCGUGUCGGCGUCCUACGGAGGGUUUCGUGCUAGGGGCGGCUGGCGUCGGAGCAGCUGGAGGUGAAGGAGUCGAGGAGGAGGAGAAGGAGGAGGAGAAGGAGGAGGAGAAGGAGGAGGAGAAGGAGGAGGAGAAGGAGAAGGAGGAGGAGAAGGAGGUUGAUGUGGUGGUGAUUGGGGCCGGCAUCGGUGGCCUCACCUGCGCGGCGCUGCUGGCCCAGGUGAGACGCGGCAUGAAAAGUGUGUAG